AUCCUUCAACAGCACACUUCUGAAAAACCUCUCUCUACAAAGCCAUUUUUAUUCAGAAUUAGAGAGAAAAGGAGAAAAAGAAAAAAACAGAAGAAAAUGUGGGACUCAGGAACCGCCGUAACGGUGGCUAUGGUGACGACGGCUUUCACGGAGGUGGCCAUAAGUACGAUGAUGAAAGCUGCCAUGGAAAGAGGAAUGAGUCAGUUUGUUUAUAUUGCUUACUCCAAUGCCUUGGCUCUCUUCUUCCUUUUCCCUUCUUCUUAUUUUUUCUACAGGAAAAGGCCUCGUCCUCGCCUGACUCUUCGUAUUUUCAGCAAAAUUCUGCUGAUGGGAACUCUCAGUUGCUGUGUUCAAACGUUUAUGAACACUGGGAUUAAGUUAAGCUCGCCGACGAUGUCUGCCGCCAUGACUGAUCUCACGCCGGCUUUUACCUUCGUGCUUGCCGUGAUUUCCAGGAUGGAAAGGCUAGAGUGCAGAUUACAGAGUAGUCAAGCGAAGUCUAUAGGCACUACAAUAUCAGUUGUUGGAGCAUUAAUUGUAACAUUUUACAAAGGGCUGCCACUCACAAGUCUUCCAGCACAUUCUAGUACGCUUAAUGAUCUGCCCGCCACACCCAACUGGGCAGCUGGUGGCAUUUUUUGUGCAGCUGGUGCAUGGUGCUUAUCGUCCUUGUAUGUCGUUCAGACUUGGAUUCUAAAGGAGUUCCCUUCGGAGUUGAUGAUGACAAGCAUAUCGAUCUCUUUUGUCACAUUGUUUUCGUCUAUCAUCGGCGUAAUCGCAGUUAAUGAUGUAAACGCCUGGAUAUUAAAGCCUGAUAUUGAGCUAUUAGCCAUUAUCUGCUCAGCAAUUUUUGCUGUAGCAAUUAGAAAUGUAGUUCAUACAUGGGCAUGCCAUAUAAAAGGGCCUCUCUACACUGCCAUGUUCAAUCCACUUGGAAUGAUUAUUGCAACCCUCUUGGGUGUUUCUUUUCUUGGAGACACUCUUUAUAUUGGAUGUAUAAUUGGAGGAACUAUAAUUGCAGUGGGAUUUUAUACUGUAUUAUGGGGAAAAAGCCAAGAAGAUAAGAUGAUUGAAAUUGAAGAUGAAAACUACUCUAUCUAUGAUCAGUCACCAUCCUCUCCUAAAGUCCCUCUCCUUCAAAACAAAAAGCUGGAUGUCUAAUGGGUAAACAACAUGAAUUAGAGGAAUUUCUUACUUAGCGCCGAUCCGUACUUUAUAGAAAGUUUUUUUUUUAUCUUGCUCGGGUUUAUAUUUUAUUUAUAGAUUUAUCCAAUCAUAAGUUAUAAAAUUACACAUUUAAAACAAAUGUGUAGUUUUUUUAUCUGAUUGGCUGGGUCUAUGAAUAACGUUGCAACUCGAAUUAAGUGAGAAAUUUCGAUGAUCGGUAUUGUCAAAUAUUCUUGCAAGAAGCACAUUAUUAAGUGUAAAUUCGCAAUUGAAGGAACGAGAAUAGAUGGUUAUUAGAUGUAGAUGCGAUUAGAUUAUUGGUCUGUAUAAUAUUAAAAAUGUCACAGAUGUGGCAAUGUAAAAUUAAGGCCAAACUCAUAUUAAGGCCCCUGUACAAUACAAUUUUUGUUCAGGAGGUCCUUAUCUCGAAAAACUUAUUUUCUUGAUCUUUA